AUGGGACCCGCUGCCGACGACGAGAGCGAGUUCUGGCAGCGCCUGCACACGCUCGUCGACGUGCAAUGCCACACGCACGAGCAGAUUGACGACAGUCUGCGCGCCUUCCUCGACGCCUCGACCGACGGCUUCCUCGACACCGAGUACGACAUUGCCCGCUGCUGCUACCGCCUGAUCGACUCGCCGCUCUUCCAGCACAACAAGGACUACGUGCGCCGCCAGUUCGUCUACUGCCUGCUGCAGGAGGAACAUGCCCCAGUACUGCACAUUGUCACGGCCGUGCUGCUCUACGACGGCCGCAGCGAUGAGACCGUCUUUGAGAUGCUGCAGAUCGAGGGCGCCUUUGCCCGUCUGCUCGACCUGAUCAAGGGCAACAAGGACGACAACACCGGCCUGCACCGCCUGCUGCUCGAGCUGCUCUGCGACAUGUCCCGCAUACAGCGCCUGUCCCUCGACGACCUCGGUGAGUCGCCUCGCUCUGCUUGCCGCCCCUGUGUCUCGGUCCAUACUAAUCCACACCAUCACANNGCCACCGUCGACGACGCCUUUGUCAUCUACCUGUUCGAGCUCAUCGAGGAGCUGUCCAACGACGCCAACGACCCCUAUCACUAUCCCACAAUCCGUGUCUUGCUCAUACUCAACGAGCAAUACAUGUGCUACGCCGUUUCUCCCGAGUCGCAUCCCACCCUGACCAACCGCAUCAUCAAGGUUCUCUCCAAUCACGGCCCUGCCUAUCGCACCUUUGGCGAGAACCUCAUCCUGCUCUUGAAUCGCGAGUCGGCUCUUGGUCCUCAACUGCUGAUUCUCAAGCUUCUCUAUCUCUUGUUCACCACCUCUUCCACCUUCGAGUAUUUCUACACAAACGACUUGCAUGUGCUUGUCGACGUCAUUAUCCGCAACCUCCUCGAUCUCGACCCCGGCUCCGACGAUGAUGACAACACCGACCUGCCUCGGGACGGUGGUGGCCAGCGCGCCCUCCGUCAUACCUACCUGCGUGUCUUGUGUCCGCUGUUGAAAAACACCCAGUUGGCUCACGACAAUGCGCAUUACAAGCGUGAAGAACUGCGCAAACUUUUCUGCUUGCUGGUCAACAGAUCCUCGUUUCACCUCGCUCCUGUCGAUGAGACCGUUGUACGCCUCGUCUCACGUUGCAAACAAGUCGCUUGGAUAAGAGACGAGUCGGACCACGAGGAUCCAACCAGCCCUCUUACGGAUGCUCAUGUAGCCAGACGCUUGCUGGGAAUGAACCUGGCUGAGGCGGGCGAGAGUAGUCUGAGUGUCCUCGAGGUCACUGCCAAAGUUGAGAAGGAAAAGCCCAUGGUUCCCGCUCCACGAAGGCGGAAGAGGCUGCAGCAGCAACAAUCAAAGGAGACUGUCCUGUUGCGUGUCUCGCCUGCCAGUGCUCAGAACGGCGAUAGAAGCCCCUUUGAUGACGAUAAUGAUGAAGAGUGA